AAAACCACGUCUCGGAGAUUGAAACUACACAUCGUGUCUCUGUUUCUUCUUUCAAUCGGAUUUCAGACAACCUUUUACUUGGACAGAGGGUUUCUUCUUUUUUCUUUCAGCCCUAUAGUGUCUCUGCACUGCAAGAGGGAGAACACGUGGAUAUUGGUCUCUGCAUCAAGUAUUAGUGCAUAAAUCAAUAUGGCUGAUACCAGUUCAAGGACUGAUGCCUCAACUGAUGGCGACACAGAUUCUAGAGAUCUGGGGUCCGAGAGAGGGCAAAUGAUGCUUGCUGGUGCUUCUGAUUCAAGUGAUCGAUCAAAAGAUAAGUUGGAUCAAAAGACCCUUCGUAGACUCGCUCAAAAUCGAGAAGCAGCAAGGAAAAGUAGACUGAGGAAGAAGGCGUAUGUUCAGCAGCUGGAGAACAGUCGAUUGAAGCUGACUCAACUUGAGCAAGAGCUGCAAAGAGCAAGGCAGCAGGGAGUUUUCAUCUCAAGUUCUGGAGACCAAGCCCAUUCCACCGGUGGAAAUGGGGCUUUGGCAUUUGAUGCCGAACAUUCACGAUGGCUUGAAGAAAAGACCAAGCUGAUGAACGAGCUGAGAUCUGCUCUGAAUGCUCACGCAGGUGAUACCGAGCUCCGGAUAAUUGUGGAUGGAGUGAUGGCUCACUAUGAGGAGCUUUUCAGGAUUAAGAGCAACGCAGCUAAGAACGAUGUCUUCCAUUUACUAUCUGGAAUGUGGAAAACGCCAGCUGAGAGAUGUUUCUUGUGGCUUGGCGGGUUCCGUUCUUCAGAACUUCUCAAGCUUCUUGCGAAUCAGUUAGAGCCAAUGACAGAACGACAGGUGUUGGGCAUUAACAGCUUGCAGCAGACGUCCCAGCAAGCUGAAGAUGCGUUAUCUCAAGGGAUGGAGAGUUUACAGCAAUCGUUAGCUGAUACUUUAUCUAGUGGAACUCUUGGUUCAAGUUCGUCUGAUAAUGUUGCGAGCUACAUGGGUCAGAUGGCCAUGGCAAUGGGGCAAUUAGGCACACUCGAAGGAUUCAUCCGCCAGGCUGAUAACUUGAGGCUGCAAACACUGCAACAGAUGAUUAGAGUGUUAACAACACGUCAGUCAGCUCGUGCUCUUCUUGCUAUGCAUGAUUAUUCAUCUCGACUACGUGCUCUUAGUUCCUUGUGGCUUGCCAGGCCAAGAGAGUGA